AUGGCUAACAACAACUCAUUAGUUGGUGGUGAACCUGUGACACGGCGUAACAGUGACAUGAUCAUUGUAAUACAGGUACUAGUGUCAGUUUUCCUAUGCAUCAACUUUUUGCUGCUCACAACCUUUUUUAUGAAGGAAUUUUUCUACACAAACAUGCGCUACAUCUUAUUUGCUACUACAUUACUGUCUGAUUGUCUGAUCUUGAUUCUAUCAAAUAUCUUGGCCAUCUUUGACAAUUUUCAGUGGACCAUGCAAAUAUUGUUAUGUCUCAUUUUCUGCAUUUUGUCAUUUGUGUACACUGUCGUCACACCACUUACUCUGACAGCAAUGACCCUGGAGCGCUAUGUGGCCAUAUGCAUGCCCCUGCGCCACGGAGAGCUGUGCUCCACACGCAGCACUGUGCACUGUAUCUUCAUCAUUCACGGCCUCAGCUCUGUACCCUGUUUUGUUAAUGUCUUAAUCUUCUUUGCAUCAGCUCCUCUCAGCUUCUACAGACAAUACAGAGUAUGUUCAGCUGAGAUAUUCAUUUUGUACAGUUGGCAGGGUCAUAUCUGGUCAGCGAUAUAUCAGUUUUACUUCUUAAUUAUGUGUAUCACUAUUGUAUUCUCCUAUAUUAAGAUAAUGAAAGUGGCCAAAGCUGCAUCAGGAGAAAAUAAAAAGUCAACAUGGAAAGGGCUCAGAACAGUAAUUCUUCAUGCUUUCCAGCUGCUGCUCUGUCUCAUCCAACUGUGGUGCCCAUUCAUAGAAGCUGCUGUACUUCAGAUUGAUGUUAGGUUAUAUAUUAAUGUCAGGUACUUUAAUUACAUUAUAUUUUACCUUACUCCAAGAUGUCUGAGUCCUCUUAUUUAUGGCCUCAGGGAUGAAAAGUUUUUUCUGGCACUGAAGUACUAUGUUUUCUGUGGCCUUGUUGAGAACAGUUCUUUUCAUUUGACAAAUUAG